UAAUUUAUUAGGUCGGUAAUUAAUCCUGUUUAAUUUCCCUUCUCAUUUUUCAGUUAACAUAAAAACUCAUGAAUAAUGAUUUAUCAUAUAAUAUCAAGUCUUAAUUUGUUUAAGAAGGUUAAUACUUCACAGUAAAUCCAUGAACUGCGAAUUUGGUUAAAAAUCUCCAACUUCGGAACCUUCCUUCAACAAUCAAUUUUCUAAUAACUUUUCAAUUUCUACCAAAAUUCUUCAAGCAACUGCAUUUGGCACUUCUUCAUCAACCAUAAACUGAAAACGCAUUUUCCAAAUUUAAUUCCUUGUUUCUGAAUUCUGUAAUGUUUGUCGAUUUCGCGUUUGCAACGCAAGAACCAUAACAAUUUGGUUAAGCUCAUGGCAACACAAGGGUUUGGCGAUUGAGGAAAUGAGGUGUUUUUCGCCACAUUUUACAAGUAAAGACAGUAGAUAGACAUGCAAGACUUUUCCUCGUCACCAAAAAUUGAAACAGACACAAUAGACUGAGACAUGGGAAGGUUGCACAACAUGUUUCAGUGCGGUGGGAGAAGUCAAGUUUUAGAGGCUCAUAUUCCCUCUGGCCAUGCAGAUGCAUCUACUUCUGCGGCUCAUGCUUCUCCAUCUUCUUCUUCCUGUAGGAGAAAGGUUUCACCUACCUACGCAUUAUUCCCUCCAUUCUCCCGCAUGCGUCAGAUUUCACCUAUUCAGGUGCCAGAGAUACCCGAGUCAUCGGUGGUACCAGAGGUACCCGAGUCAACGGUGGUACUAGAGGCACCUCCUACUACUGAUACUGGUGAUGAUUCUGAGCGAGUGCCUCCUCCUACUACUGAUGUUGUUGAGUCAGUGCCACCUCUGAACAGUGAAGUUACUGAUCCAAAGGCAUUUAGAGGAGACCCUAUAGAUUUGUCACUAUUGCCUAUAUACCCAGACCAUACUGUCAUACAUAUCUGGGACAGAGAGAUGACAUUAGACCGUGACCUGUUGAAGUUUAUUAACCAUAUGCGGAAGAUUACUGGCUUGCCUCAACCGAAUGAGUAUUGGUUUCAGGCAGCUUUGCUCCUAUUUGGGAUGAAGGACUUGUGCAUGAUCGGUUAUAUUACGGUCAACCAUGGGAUGCUUAAUGCAUUCGUGGAGAGAUGACACUUAGAGACCUCGUCAUUUCAUCUCCCGCUUGGUGAGAUAUCUAUCACACUCGACGAUGUGUCGUGUUUGCUACAUCUUCUGAUAAGGGGAAGACUUCUAGAUCAUGGGACGAUAACCAAAGACGAGGCACUCAAGAUGAUGGUAUACUAUAUAGGGGUUGACCCUACAGAGGUGAAUGAGGAGUUGGAUAGGAGCAAGGGGCUCAUGCUAGGUUUGAAUACCUGAAAAAGAUAUAUGAAGAUCAGUUCUAGAGAGCACAGCAGGCUACAGGUUAUGACGAGCAGGUGGGGUUCCACACAACGCAUGCUAUUAGAGAAUACAUGCUAUAUUUGAUUGGCACUAUUAUUUUUAUGGACAAGAGUGUCACUUAUUUAUAUGUCAUCUACCUAUAGUACUUCAAAGAUUUUGAGCGGAUCCAUGAGUACAAUUGGGGGCGAUUGUUUGGUCUACUUGUACUCGAAGUUAUUAGAGGGAUGUAGAUGGAAACCGAAGCAGGUCACAAGCAACAUCACACUACUGGCGGUAAUAUUUAUUGGUCUUUUAAUCUUUUUGCUCCAGGAUAUCCAGCGAUGCCAGCUCAUCAAAAGAUACUAGAGGAGGAGCAGACACAAUUAGAUCAUGUUGAAGAUUUCUUGCCUAGAUGUCGUCGCAUAAUGGAGAUUACGCAUGCAUGUAUUGAUAGAGGUGUCUUCCCUGAUGGGUAUUAUGUGAGGCAGGUCCUAGAUUCCAUCAUGACGGAGGCACGUGGGCCAUUGAUGUACCGGAGACAGCGCCAGAGGGCGUGAGAUUAUUGGUAUAGGAGGUAAAGGAGAUGUAGUCCGAUAGACACAGUAGUGCAGUAGUAUAUAGUAGUUGUACUAUAAAUUGUUUUUUAUUUUCACCAUAUGUUACUUUAUCGUUGUAUUCGACUUUAUUUAUAUAUGACGU